AUGCGCGCCCCGCCGCUGCUGCUGCUGCUGGCCGCCUGCGCGCCGCCGCCGGGCGCCGCGGCCGCCCCGACCCCGCCAGGCUGGGAACCGGCCCCCGAUGCGCCCUGGUGCCCCUACAAGGUGCUGCCCGAGGGCCCCGAGGCGGGCGGCGGGCGCCUGUGCUUCCGCAGCCCCGCACGCGGCUUCCGCUGCCAGGCGCCCAGCUGUGUGGCGCUCUCCACGGCCGGCCGCUCGCUGCGCGCGAACGUCCUGCGCAACCGCAGCGUGCUGCUGCAGUGGCGCCUGGCGCCGGCCGAGGCGCGCCGCGUGCGCGCUUUCGCGCUCAACUGCUCGUGGCGCGGUACCUACAUGCGCUUCCCCUGCGAUCGCGUGCUGCUCGGCGCCUCCUGCCGCGACUACCUGCUGCCGGACGUGCACGACAGCGUGCGCUACCGCCUGUGCCUGCAGCCGCUGCCGCUGCGCACCGAACCCGCCUCCGCCGCCGCACCGGAGCCCGCCGAGUGCGUGGAGUUCACCGCCGAGCCGGCCGCCAUGCAGGAGAUCGUGGUGGCCAUGACGGCGGUGGGCGGCUCCAUCUGCGUCAUGCUUGUGGUCAUCUGCCUGCUGGUGGCCUACAUCACCGAGAACCUCAUGCACCCGGCUGUCAGGCGCCCUGGCCUGCGCAGGCAGGCCUGAAGCGCAAGGCGGUCUGCCCAUCUGGGCACAGCCUGCCCAAGUACGCCUGAGACCCCAGGCCCUACGUCUGCUCCCCUCCCUCCUCCUCAUUCCCGCUCCCUCUUUAAGAUCCCCACGGAGGGCCUGAUGGAGACGAAUAGGGAACCAGCCGGUCCACACAGGUAUCUUUGCAUCGUCACAAGACCUUCUCAGUCGGGCGUCUGCUUUCCAGACUCUGACUCCGAACUGGCCCUUGGGCCUGGGAUGGGGUGCCAGCUGCAUCCAGGUCUCUAGGCUUUCCAGAGGCCUUUACCAGGGGGCCCAGGACAUAUAGCCCCUUCCAGCAAGAGCCAGUGGCACCUGGGAUCAUCACCCUGAACCUCCAUCCUCUGCCAAGUCGUCGAAGACAGGCCAUGGUCAUUGCUUGGUCGCUUUGUGCUUUACAGGUUGGGGGAGUGGCCCCUUGGAGCCCGUGUUACCCCCUGCCCUACCCCAAUGGGCUUAGGUUAGCUUUGUGCCUUAGUUCCUCAGGCCCACCGCAGGAGCCAGCCACCACCCCACUGCUGUCCAGGGGGUCUGUGGCUCUGAGACUGGCUGGCUUUGCAUGCUUCUGGCCAGAGUCCCCCUGGGAACACCCCCUUCAAGCUUUGCGGAAGCCUGGGGUAAUCAGGCCUCUUAGUGUCUUCUGUGGGUCUGACCAGCCAAGAGCCACGAUGUAGCUCAGCAGGCCGGGCCCAGCAUCGGGUUGCUGCGUCCAGGGGACUGGGAAUGCAGCUCAGGGUUAGAGCACUUGCCUGGACUUGAUCCCUCUCUCUGUCCUG